GAAAAAUUAAGUGUGUUGGCAGAUUGUUUGUCAAAAUUACUAGAAAAAAUCCCAAGGUGAAGAUAACUGGAGAAUUAAAUCAUCUAAUGCAUUCUUUGCACAUAUAAACCUAACUAACAAGCAAAAUAAAUGGUUAGUGAUGAUCGAAUUUGUGUUUUGACGUUAUACAAAGAAUAAUUUAUGAAGCCCAACAUUUGAUUCACGAUAUUUUAACUUUUAUUAACAACAGUUCAGUUAAAACGUCACUUUAUUGAGUAUAGGUAAUAUUUGUUAUUAUAAUUUAUACUGUGCAAAUAAGUUAUAAAGAUGCCUCUGUUUGGAAAGUCACAAAAAAGCCCCACAGAUGUUGUUAAAGCUCUUAAAGAAGCAGUGAAUUCUCUUGAAAAAGGUGAUAAGAAAGCAGAAAAAGCACAAGAAGAUGUCAGCAAAAAUUUAGUAUUAAUUAAGAAUAUGCUGUAUGGUACAUCGGAUGCUGAACCCCAGACAGACAUAAUUGUGGCUCAGCUUGCUCAAGAACUAUACAACAGCAACCUGUUACUGCUACUGAUCCAGAAUCUUAAUCGUAUCGAUUUUGAAGGCAAGAAGGAUGUUGCCCAAGUGUUCAACAAUAUUUUAAGAAGGCAAAUUGGCACUAGGUCGCCCACAGUGGAAUAUAUUUGCACCAAACCAGAGAUUCUAUUUACACUAAUGACUGGGUAUGAACAUCAAGACAUAGCUCUAAAUUGUGGUACAAUGUUGAGAGAGUGUGCAAGAUAUGAAGCCUUGGCUAAAAUAAUGUUAUAUUCUGAUGAUUUUUACAAUUACUUCAGAUACGUUGAAGUUUCCACUUUUGAUAUUGCAUCUGAUGCAUUUUCUACUUUUAAAGAAUUAUUGACAAGACACAAGAUCUUAUGUGCAGAAUUUUUAGAAACAAACUAUGAUAAGGUGUUCAGUCAUUAUCAGCGAUUAUUGAAUUCUGAAAACUAUGUGACAAGACGUCAAAGUCUUAAAUUACUUGGAGAACUUUUAUUAGACAGGCAUAACUUUACUGUUAUGACAAGGUAUAUUUCCAACCCUGACAAUCUAAAACUUAUGAUGAAUAUGUUAAAAGAAAGAUCCAGGAAUAUUCAAUUCGAAGCUUUUCAUGUAUUUAAGGUAUUUGUUGCAAAUCCAAAUAAGCCUAAACCAAUACUGGAUAUACUUUUACGCAACCAAGAAAAACUCGUGGAAUUCCUAAUGAGGUUUCAUACAGACAGGGCAGAAGACGAACAAUUUAACGACGAAAAGGCUUACCUUAUAAGGCAAAUAAAGGAGCUAAAGGCCGUUCAAGGUCACUAAAAAAUGUAACGCAGACUUAUGUUUUCGGCAUUAGUUUGGGUUUCUAAGCAAAAAUCAACUAAACGAAUUUUCAAAAUAAACCCUAACGUUUUCAACUUUAACUAUGCCUUAUGCUGGACAGUACACACUCUAUGCUUCAGUAGGCAACUAACAUUCAUUUUUCAUUGUCAUGUUACCUAUUUAAAAGCUAAGCUGUGAAAAUCAUUUUAUUUAUUGUUUUUUGACAUAUUGUGCAAUAAAACAUAGGCUGGAUCUGUGUUGAUUCAUCACUUAUUAUUUUUCAUAUUUUUUCGCCGCUUUUAAAUUUGUUGUUGACCAACACUCAUUUUUAACGAAAUAUCCAAUUCACAGCUUUUCUUUUAUUGUAUAUUAGUUUAUUUGAAACCUUGAUUUAUUUAUCAAGUUUAGCUGAUUUUUGACAAUAUAUUUUUUAAAUUACAUAAAUCCUGCCAAAAUAGUUUUCCCUGGAUGAUUAUGUAAUUUUUUAUUAUUUUGUAGACUUUAAAUUAUUACAAUAUUUAUAUAAGA